CUGGGGAUUGGCCAUAGAAGGAAAGUUCUUCUCGGAUCCGCUGUAUCUCUGAAGCUCUCUCCGAGUCCGAGCUCACAGUGGAGAACUACACUCGAACCAGUCUGGCCAACGCGAAAAUGGCUUAAAUAACACGUUUACUGUUCGGUCAUAAGUUUUUUUUUUUUUAAACAACAGCUGUAACUUUCCGUAGAAGAAAAAAAUCAGACUCUGGACUGCGUUUCGAAAUCAGCAGCAGUGGUGAGGAGGAGAGCUGCAGUCACCAGCGGCUGUCAGUGUCAUUACUGAAACACACAGCAGGUUUUCUUCUCCGCAACAGCAGAGGAGAAAAGGUGCUCCCACACACAGGCCGCUGAUGAAGGGCAUGGAGGUGCUCCGUCGCUCUUCAGUCUUUGCAGCAGAAGUCAUGGAAGUUUUUGAGCGCUCCCCUACAGACAAAGAACUUGUGUCCCAGUCGAAAAUGUUGUGUCGGGACUACAUUCACUCGAGGCUCAACCGGGCUGGGAUCGGUUGGACCAAAUCUGAGCUCGGAUCAACACCAGGAACCCUUGGAGAAGUGUCUACUGUUCUGCUUUGGUUAGGUGAUGAGCUCGAAUACUUGCGACCUCAUGUGUACCGCAAUGUGGCAAAACAACUGAAUAUCACCGUGGCUUCAGAAGGUGUUGUUUCUGAUGCCUUUCUGGCUGUAGCCGCCGAAAUUUUCUCCACAGGGGUGACGUGGGGUAAGGUGGUGUCUCUAUAUGCAGUAGCCGGAGCAUUGGCAGUAGACUGCGUUCGACAUGGCUACCCAGCCAUGGUUCACACCAUUGUAGACUGCAUGGGCGAGUUUGUCCGCAAGAGCCUGGUGGCCUGGUUAAAGAGGAGAGGAGGCUGGGCUGACAUUACAAAAUGUGUCGUGAACACGGACCCUAGCUUCCAUUCCCACUGGCUGGUGGCGGCAGCCUGUACGUGUGCACACUACCUGAAGGCCAUCGUUUUUUACCUGCUGAGGGAGAAGUGAAGGCAUAACAGAGAGACAAUGAACAUUUUUUGUUUUCUUUUCUUUUGUGGAGAGAGCUGCCAUUUCACUGCUUUGACCUGUUACUGCUCUUGAUGUGUUUACACAUGCAGCAAAGUUGCACUGUGCCUUCAAUGGAUAUUUGUGUGUUUCCAAGCUGUUCCUUGAUGUAUUUAUGGAUUGGCAUCGAGAGACUUUAAGUGAACUGGGAGGUGAGAGUGAUGAUACUCACACGGCACUUAUGGUGUAUCUGAUGGACAUAUAUCAGAGAAGACAAACUGCAGGAUAUUUCCCCAUCAGAGACAGGAAGUGCAAAGUUUGUGUCAGCAGUGUGUUCCGUUAAGCCAUACUGUCUUAAGUGCACUAUCACACACGGGCUUUUGUUAGUUUAUCCAUGUUUUUAGUGGACUGCACUGUUUUUUUUUUUGUGUGUGUGUUUUUAUACACUUUAUUGAAAUGACACCUACAAAUAUAUCUAGUGUGAUGAAACAACUUUGGCAAGAUAGAAAACAUGGUGUUUUUUUUCCCCUGAAUAGUUGAGUUAUGCUGACCAGAAAGACUUUAAAAGCCUAAAAGAAGUAAACAGCCCUGCCUUUUUCAUUUUUUUCUACUUCAAACAGAACAAAACGUUGUCUAUCUGAAUCCUUCAGUUCACUCUAAAAACCUUAAAAAAACACUUUGUCCAAAGCUUCCAAUAAGGCUAAGGUGUAUCUGGUGUUUCUGUUUGUCAUCAUAACUCUGCCUGUGCUGUAAUAUAAAAGUUGCUUUAUGAACGUUGACUGCAUUAUUCAAUUGCAACUGAUGAUAAACUUUUUUUUCUUCUGUUUUAUAUAUUUAAAUUUUCCUUUUUGAAGAAUAAUGCAUUGCUAUUGUGUGUGGAUUUCCAAGCCACACUAACUGUCUGCAGAAUAAAUGGUAGUAAAUGGA